AUGUUCCAUAGAAGACUAUCAUAUGCCAAGACCAUCGGUAAUCUCGUCAACCAGGGGCAAAAUAGUCAAGCAAUAGCUCUGUUUCGCCUAGUGCGGGAAAACGGGUUUGAAGUCACAGAGUUUCUUCUCUCAGCGAUUCUGCGAGCUUGUGGAAGAGUCUCUGCAUUAAAACAAGGCAAGCAGCUUCACUGCAUGGCCAUCAAACAUGGGUUCAAUCACGACACGAUUCUAAUGACGUCACUUCUUGACUUGUACUGUAAAUGCAAUGAGAUCAAAGACGCCCGAAAAGUGUUUGAUGAAAUGCCUCAGAGAGAUGUGAUUGCCAAUAACUGCAUGAUCUCUGGACUGUGUUGGUCUCGAUUGACUUUAGAGGCGAUUGGGUUGUUUAACAACAUGUCGAAAAGAGACGUUGGGUCUUGGAAUUCGCUGAUUUCGGGCCUUGCGCAGAACUCGGAAGGGAGGGCCGGAUUGGCUUUGUUUGAGGAAAUGAGAGUGGAGGGAGCUGAGGUUGAUGUGUUGACCAUGGUGAGUGUUGUUUCGAUUUGUGCUGAUCUUGCGGCGUUGCGUAACGGUAGGGAAGUGCAUUGUUUGGUGAUGAAGUAUGGAUUCGAGUUGUAUUUGCCCGUUGGGAAUGCUGUUGUUGACAUGUAUGCGAAAUGUGGGUGCAUGGAGAAUGCUUGGUUGUGUUUCAGGAGCAUGCCUAUGAAGAAUGUGGUUUCGUGGACUGCUUUGAUUGCCGGUUAUGGGAAACAAGGCCAGGGAGUAGAAGCUUUGAAGGCGUUUGAUGCAAUGGAAAUAGGAGGUGUUUGGCCAAACAGUAUCACAUUCUUGGGUGCGUUGUAUGCGUGUAGUCAUGCAGGAUUAGUACAAGAAGGAUGGAGGAUUUUCAACAUGAUGGUGAGUAAGUACUCGAUCGCACCCACGAUGGAGCAUUAUACAUGUAUGGUGGAUCUUCUAGCACGAUCAGGGUGUUUCAAUGAGGCGUACAGCUUCAUCAAGAGGAUGCCUAUAAAACCAGACCCAAAGUUGCUGACAGCAUUUCUAAGUUCAUGUUACUCCUACAAGAAGUUAGAGCUAGGAAAGAUUGUUGGGAAGAAACUAAUUGAAUCAGAACCUGAAGAAGCAGGAGCCUAUAUGUUGCUCUCCAACUUCUAUGGGAUUGUUGGGGACCUUGCGAGUGUGGCAAAAGUGAGAAGAUUAAUGCUAGAUAGAGGAAUAAGAAAGGAAAAGGCAAGCACUUGGAUUGAGAUUAACAAAACUGUUCACAGCUUUCAGUCAGGAGACAGAUCACAUCCCUUAAGUGAAGACAUGUACAGCUACUUGCAACAUCUUUUCCGGAAGUUGAAAAUUAACGGGUAUGUUCCAAACACAAGCAUGGUGAUGCAAAACGUGGAUGAACAGACAAAGGAGGUGAUAGUCCUCGGUCAUAGUGAGAAACUGGCAAUUGCAUUUGGCCUAAUCAGCACGCCUCCAGGUACCCGUAUCCUUAUAGUUAAGAACCUAAGAAUGUGCACAGACUGUCAUGUAGUAACCGGCUUAAUUUCCAAGAUUGAAGGGAGGGAGAUUGUUGCAAGGGACUCGAGUCGGUUCCAUCAUUUCAAAGAUGGACUAUGCUCUUGUGGAAAUCAUUGGUGA